AUGCAAAACAAAAGCUUUGUAACUGAGUUUGUCCUCCUCGGACUUUCACAGAAUCCAAAUGUUCAGAAAAUCAUGUUUGUUCUAUUUCUGCUGGUCUACAUUGUGACUCUCACUGGCAAUCUGCUGAUUGUGGUGACCAUCCGUAGCACUCCGACACUCCUGGCCUCCCCAAUGUACUUCUUCCUGGCUUUCCUGUCUCUGCUGGAUGCAUGCUUCUCCUCCAUUAUUGCCCCAAAGAUGAUUGUUGACCUUCUCUAUGAGAAGAAAACCAUUUCCUUUGUAGGCUGUCUGACCCAGCUCUUCUGUGUACACUUCUUUGGUGGGGUAGAGGUGAUUGUCCUCACAGCCAUGGCCUAUGACAGGUACGUGGCCAUCUGUAAACCUUUGCACUAUUCCUCUAUCAUGAACUCAAGACUCUGUGGCAUUUUGCUUGGAGUAGCCUGGGCAGGGGGCUUUCUGCACUCCGUUAUUCAAAUUGCCUUUACUUGCCAGCUGCCCUUCUGUGGCCCCAAUAUUAUCGAUCAUUUCAUGUGUGACUUUUACCCAUUGCUGAAGCUGGCCUGCACGGAUCCAUAUGUUUUUAACAUUUUGGUGGUGGCCAACAGUGGGUCCAUCUGCAUCCUGAUCUUCUCCCUGUUGCUUGUGUCCUACAGUGUCAUCUUGUUCUCCCUGAGAAACCACAGCCCUGAAGGACAGAGGAAAGCCCUCUCCACCUGCGGAGCUCACAUUGCGGUUGUGGUUAUGUUAUUUGUCCCGUGUAUAUACGAGUAUGCACGACCUCCAUUUGUUUUCUCCUUUGACAAAAUGAUGGAGAUAUUUUAUGCUGUGAUAACUCCUCUCCUGAAUCCUUUGAUUUAUACUUUCAGGAAUAAGGAGGUGAUAAAUGCCAUGGGAAAACUCUGGAAAAGAUUAAUGGCUUUGUCUGAUCAAAAAUAA